UUGAUUAAAAGAGCUCAAAUAUUGGAAUUUUUCUUCCGUUUUACCUUAAUACUACUUAUACCGACUCAUUUCGAUAUGGGCGAGCUUCUACUUAAUAGAACCAUGACCAGGCGCAGCAGAAUUUCACAAGAGUGGAAACCUUGCACUCUGUUGAAUACUCCCACCAUACAUGAACCCUUUAUAUAUGGUCGAGCGUCUAGAGUAGUAGAUCAGAUUAGUAAAAAAAAAUCGAUCGUUAGAAAAACUCGAGCGCGUCAGAUUAAGACAAGGUAA